AUGGUCCCUCAAUACCUGCUUCGCGCACCGCGCUCUCUCGUAUUUCCCUGCAUCGCUCUGUGCUCCAUCAUAUUCCUCGUAAUCUCUACCGUAUCCAAUCUGAUACCCACUCACACAAGCGAGCUCGUCACAUACUCCGAGCACUGCACCACGCCGGAUUGCGGUGCUGCAAGCAUUGUGCUCGACGACUCGGAUCCAUUCGCCGACCGCGUUAGCGCACCCCAGUCUGUCUUCUCCGCACAUACACAUGAAGAGUCGCCUGCAGCUCUCACUCGGACGGAUGGAACCCUGCGCGUGUUCACCCUGAACUGCUGGGGUCUCAAGUGGGUUUCCAAGCACCGUAAUGAGCGCGUCGCGGCCAUUGCCAGUCUUCUGGCCAAUUCCGACUACGACAUCGUCGCACUCCAAGAACUCUGGGUCACCUCGGAUUACGCGAAAAUCCGCGCCGCAGUCUCCGCAUCGUUUCCGCAUGCACGAUACUUUCACAGCGGUGCGCUGGGCUCCGGUCUCGCGAUUUUCUCACGGUUCCCCGUAGUGGGCACGACAAUCCACCCGUAUUCGUUAAAUGGGUCACCAAUGGACGUCAUGAGCGGCGACUGGUACGUCGGUAAAGCCGCCGCUAGCAUUCUUGUCGACCAUCCCGAAGUUGGAUACCUUCAAAUAUUCAAUACUCACUUAUACUCAAGGGCGAGCGAACGCGUGCCGCUUCACUUCCGAGCGCAUCACCUCGUCAACGCGUAUGAGUUUUCGAAAUUGAUCCGGCAUGCGGCUGCCAUGGGACGCACUGUCAUUGCAGUCGGUGAUCUCAACACGGUUCCGGAGUCAUUCCCAGUCCGCUUCAUCCUCGAGCACACCGGCGCUCGAGAUGCCUGGAAUGUGACGCACUCGAUAGAUGCACAAGAAGAUACUGCGAUCACCCCAGAGCUGGCCGUGCAACGCUUUGGUAUCACCGCCGAUUCCCCUCUGAACACAUAUACGGACCCCCAUCCCAAGAGCCGAUACGUGCAAGAACACCUCGGAAAGCGCCUAGACUAUAUGUUUUACCGAGGCCCAGCGAGAGGAUCUAGGCACUCGGACGUCGUGGACUCCAAUCUUACGCUCGACUGCGUAACGACGAAUGUCAUCCUGACCGAACCCGUGCCGGGCACCACAUAUUCAUACUCGGAUCACUUUGGUCUGGAGACGACGUUCCAGAUUUCGUCGGCAUCCGUCGCCCGCGGCGUCGACCAGACUCCUCCCGACGGGCUUCCCUGGCUGUCGGAAGAUUCCAUCGAUACUUUCGCCGACGCUCUCAAAGCCGCCUACAAGCAUGCGAAGGGCACGAAUCGUUUCUAUCUUAUGGUGUUUUCGUGCUGCCUCGGUUCACUGCUGUUCAUCACGAUUGCUUCGGCAUGGGUUCCGCGAUCGUGGGCCAACCCGGCGGUUGUAGCCACGGUCAUCGGACUGAGCUGGCUGGCGACGACCAUGCUAUACGUUGGGUUCAUUUACGGGAAUUGGGAGAUGAAUGCGUUGAGGAAUGUUCGGGAGGAGCUUGAACUCAUCCGGGCUGGCUUCGAGGGUUAG